AUGAGAAACAUUACCGCUCUUUCGGUCAUAAUUUUGGUAGUCUUACUGCUGCUAAGUGACGUCGAUGCCCGCGGAAGCCGCGGAGGAGGUCGAUCAUCAAGCGGCAGCCGAGGCAGUCGUGGAGGAAGCAGUGGGACAAGUAGAACAAGUGGAGGGAGCCGCUCAACUGGACGCAGAAUCACCAGGACCACCCCGAUCACGCCAACCACUUACCGUACUCCUGUUAUCAAGGCCCAAACCCGAAGCGUUUCGCGCACCAAACUCUUCACCAAAUUCGCGGCUGGCUAUCUUAUAACCAGAUAUACACUGCUUAACGCUCCAGUUUACCGAGAUGGAUUUCCAGUGCACGGAAGCUACGUUUCCAUUCCAGAAGACCGAGCCGUAAGGGUGUCGACUGAAAGAGUGAGAUUACUUGAUUAUAAUGGAAGCUUGUGCCUGGGACUGUCGGGUAUAAACCGAACUCUUGAAGAAGGAAUCGAAAACCGCCUUUUAGAACUCGAAACUACAGUGAAAUACAGGGAUAGUCCACAAAAAGACGAGACUCUUUUUGGCGUCAACAACACAGUUUCACUAGAGGACAUCAAGUAA